AUGCAUUUAAUUGAUCUUUACUUUGAAGAAUGUCGUUUCAAAGACCAUUUGUCAGCGUACGCUUAUCUCACACCUCCGGCCUCUCCUCUCUCAUCUGGUUCUUCUACACCGACAAAGAGUAGCAGUACUGGUACUUCUACAACUUCUUUUAGUGGUAGUCUAUAUCCUUUCUAUAGAAAACCUUCUGGUUUUCAGAUUCCAGUUCAUCACGAAUCAACUGAUUGUGCACUACCCUUGUCUCCUGUUAUGAAAAAAUCGCAAUCUACUAUUAAUCCUUCUAAACGACAUUCUUUCAAUAAUGAUUUUA